AACUAGGCCAAUAUUCAAUUAAUGCCACCAAUACCAUAUUCAAAAUCUUUGCGUUUUCCAUGCUAUAAAUAAAGAAAAAAUAUUCAUUAGUUUCCUCAUCUUCUUCACAUUUAAUUAUCAUAACACAAGUAGUAUAAAGUUUUUUAGCAAGAAAAAAAAAUGGGAUUAAAGUUAUUUAUCCUUUUAACCCUUGCUUUGGCUAUUUUUGUAACUUUAACAUCAGAGGUUGCUGCUAGGGAGUUGGUUGAGAGCUCCACCAAUACUGUGGAAAUUAACAAAUCCGAGAUGGAAAAUGAGGUAAAUGAAGCUAAAUUUCCAGGCGAUGGAUUCGGAGGAGGUUAUGGAGGGUUCAUGGGUGGUGGAUAUGGAGGGUACCCGGGGCGUUGGUAUGGAGGAGGCGGAUAUUGUCGCUUUGGUUGCUGCCGGAGGAAUUUCUAUGGUGAUGGUGGUUGCAUUAGGUGUUGUUAUCCUGGAGAAAGUUGAAGUUAUGAAGUUACUUAAACUAAAAACUGAGUAACAUGUAUUGUGUGUUUUAGUAGUAAUAUACUUUUGUUGAAUAAAAUGGUCAAAGGGUCGAACAGAAACAUGUUCUCGAUCUUAUAGUUGUGAGACCAUAGUUGAUAUGUCGUUGUUGUUAGUUUUGUUGAAUAAAUGUAUCGUCCAUUCACUUAUAUGGUUAAUGAGAAAUAAUAUAAUUAAGCAAUUUAA